GACCCUCGCACAGCCCGGGGCGACCCCAUCCGCAGUCCCGGGGCUGCUCCGCCACGUCAGUCCACACGCUCCCCGGGCUGGUCCCGCCCCCUUAAUGUCCCGCCUCUUCUUUUCGCAUUGCGGGACGGCAGGAGGUUGGUACGGGGUCCCCCAUACAGGGCACCCCACGUGCCGUCCGGUCGGGGCCGGUAUGGGGCGGAGCGGGACCGGGAGGGAAUCCAGAGGAACACCUGCCUCCUCCCGCCCGCAGGGCUGAGUUGCGGCUGCCCCUGGGAGGGGUCCAGGAAGGAGUGACGUCAGGACCUGCCUUCGAUGCCCUUUGUGCCGCGGGAUGCUCAGCGGCACGACGUGGAGCUCUUGGAAAACAGCUUCCCUGCCAUCCUGCGUGACUUUGGGGCUGUGAGCUGGGACUUCUCAGGGACUAGUCCCCUGCCUCGGGGCUGGUCCCCAGCACUGGGGCCUGGCUGCUACCAGCUCCUGCUCUACCAAGCAGGCCGCUGCCAACCCAGCAACUGCCGCCGAUGCCCGGGUGCCUACCGGGCCCUGCGGGGCCUGCGAAGCUUCAUGAGUGCCAACACCUUUGGCAAUGCUGGCUUCUCCGUCCUCCUGCCCGGAGCUCGGCUCGAGGGUCGCUGCGGGCCCACCAAUGCUCGCGUCCGCUGCCACCUGGGCCUGAAGAUCCCCUCUGGCUGUGAGCUGGUGGUCGGGGGUGAGCCCCAGUGUUGGGCUGAGGGGCACUGUCUACUGGUGGAUGACUCCUUCCUGCACACAGUAGCCCACAAUGGCAACCCAGAAGACGGGCCGCGAGUGGUGUUCAUCGUGGACCUUUGGCACCCCAACGUAGCUGGGGCCGAGCGUCAGGCCCUGGACUACGUCUUUGCACCAGACCCUUGACACCUGAGCUGGAGAGAUGAU